CUUCCCUGUCCCGCCAGUAAACAAGACGAAGAAGACGAGGCAGAAGAAGUAGAACGUGACGGUCGAGUCCAUUCCUAACAGGCGCUGCCACUUCUUUCGAUUUAAUUUUUUUUUUAGUUUUUAAUCUCGACGUCGAGCGGGACAAAAGGAUAAAUCUGUCUCAAAAGGAGCUGCGACGUAUAUUUUAAAGAGAAGACGAUUUGAAGGCGGAGGAAUUGACACUUGACAGCCUACGCACUUGCUUCCUGUUGUCAGUGAGGUAGUGAUAUGUCUAAAGGAGCUACUAUGCUACAAACAUAGCAAAAUGGGGGACUCUGAACAAGGGGGGACAUUUUAAGCGGGACUGCGUUCUCUUCGUGUGUCUUUUCUACAUGCGUCCCUUGACGGUAUGUCACUGAGUUCGGGCGGUUGGACCGCCGGUCUCGCGGCGGAACAGCGCGCGCCUCCUCCGCCUGUCCGGAAUGGAGCACCGCAGCAUUCGGAGCUACCGAACUGUCAAACUGUGCUCAUGUCGGUUCGGGUGUCGUUGUGCCAUUCGGGUAUUCGGCCUCUGCGUCUUCCGGGAGCAGGUGGUGAGUCACUUCGCCUCCAGCUCAGUAUGGACCCGGGGAAGUCCGGGGAAUUCCGUCUCGCGCUCCAAGACUGCAGCGGGAAUGGUCGGAGCGUGAUUAUUGCAGAGUACGAUUUGAGAUCGGUGAACUAUGAGGUGAAAACACCGAAAUGCCACGAGCUGAGUCUGGCGGCGCCUCCGCAUGAUAGCAUCAAGUUUAACUUUCGUUGCGAGCAGGAGGCCCAGCAGUGGGCCACUGUGGUUAUGACAUCACUGAGAGAAGCACACAAAGGAGCAUGCCCUGAAGAUAACAACACAGAGCGUUCCAAGCUUCAGGAUACCUCAGCUUUGCAGCAAUUAGAAGACACGUGCAUGGAGCUGACCCGGGCCAUCGAGGCCGGCGACAUGAAGGCGGCCUCGGCGUUUGCCGUCACGCUUUCUCAUCAACACGCCGCGCUGAAGAUCCAGCCCGCCGCUCGACAAUGUGAAGACACUGAAAUCAGAUUGGCUGUUGUCGUCGAGGAUGCUUCGUCGUCGUGUUGCGUCACGAUGAAGGUUUCUCCUCUUAUGACCGUUGCGGCUCUGAAACAGCAGAUGUUCCUCGAGUACGGCUUCCACCCGUGGGUGCAGCGCUGGGUGAUUGGCCAGUGCCUGUGCGCCAACCAGCGCCCCCUGGUGACAUACGGCGUCCGCCAGGACGGCGACACGGCCUUUGUUUACAUCCUGUCCGCCCGACACGCUCGCCUCACUCACCAAGUUCUCCAGCAAGACCAGGAGAGCGCUCUCCUCCACAUCUCCCCUCCUAGCGUGGCUUCCAUUUUUCCCGCCACUCCAAACAGCACGGCAACACAACAGCGCAGACCUUAUAACACUUUGCCCCCGCGAUUGUAUGACAACAUCAGCAACAUCGGGUCACAGAAAGCAGACAUCAGACAUGCUUCCGAUGUGGAAUUCUGUCAACUCCAUGAAGUACUGAAACCAAACACAACCUCCUCGCAGGGUUGGCCGUGCCCGUCUUGCACUUAUAUUAACAAACCGACGAGGCCCGGCUGCGAGAUCUGCGGUACGGACCGGCCUGAGAACUACGUGGUUCCGGGCACCUACCAGCCAGACGCGGUGGAACUCAGACGGAUCCAGCAGGAGAAGGAGGCCAUUAGACAGUACCAGCAGGCGAGGGAAGAGGAGCGCCGGGAUAAUUUUGCCAAGCUGGUAAUGAUGGACGGCCAGGACCUGGUUCCCAAUCCGGAGCCGUUGGACUGCAAGAUCUGCUAUGUGGAGCUAAAGCCAGGAGAGGGCGCUGUUCUCAGGGAGUGUCUCCACUGCUUCUGCAGAGAGUGCUUGCGCUCCGUCAUCAUGCUGAGUGAGGAGCCCGAAGUCUCCUGCCCUUACAGAGACGACACAUACGCUUGCACACGCUCCCUGCAGGAGAGGGAGAUCAGAGCUCUGGUUCCUCCACAGGAAUACGAACGCUGGCUGCAGAGAAGUUUAUCUGUGGCCGAGUCUCGAUGUGAGGGCAGCUACCACUGCGCCACCGUGGACUGCCCUGGCUGGUGCGUGUACGAGGACACCGUUAACGUGUACCAGUGUCCCGUCUGCCAGAAGAACAACUGUCUCAUUUGCAAGGCGAUCCACGAGGGGAUGAACUGCAAGCAAUAUCAAGAUGACCUCGCAGCCCGUGCCAUCAACGACUCGGCCGCACGAAGGACAACACAACUACUUCAGACUCUAGUUGCAUCCGGGGAAGCGAUGCACUGCCCCCAGUGUGGCAUCAUCGUGCAAAAACGGGACGGAUGCGACUGGCUGCGCUGUACUGUCUGUCACACGGAAAUCUGCUGGGUCACCAGGGGUCCCCGCUGGGGGCCAAAGGGUCCUGGAGACACCAGUGGAGGAUGUCGCUGCAAUGUGAACCUUCAAAAAUGCCAUCCGAAAUGUCAAAAUUGUCACUAAGAUACUCUGAAAUGUGUCCGCAUUAAAUAAACAAAUGGCCUUGGAACUAAAUAUUAAACAUAAGUAUAAAUAAGUAUUAAAGCGUGCACAAAGAAUAGCCAAAAACGGACUGAAACAUUGGAAUGACUUCAUUGGUUGCAUGCAGUGCCUUGGAAAAAACGACUUGCUAUGCAAAUGUAGCCCUGUGGAUGUUGAUGUUAUACCGUAGCAGGAUGCAAUACAUUAAUACUUUACCAAAGUGGCCUUUUUACAUGUGAACAAAAACUGAACCAGGGUCUUUAUUUAUCCUUACUUAGGCUCGUGCAAUGUUGUUAGGUUUUUUUUUCCAUAGAUAAAAAGAGAAAGCCUUAUUUAUAUGCUAUAUAUUUUUGUAUGCAUGGGUGCUUUGGAAUGGAAAUGAAGCGGAUGACGUUGAUUGAUUAUAUAACUUACCGCCAUGGUCAAAGAGCUUGGGAAACGUUACUGUAUGUUGUAUGUAUGUAAGCUAAUAAUAAUAACAAUAACCCCUUCCAAAUGUAUGUAUAUGGUGAUUUUGAAUUUUUUUUCAUUUAUCCACUAACAUUUUGAAUGCAUGGUUUUGACGUGUAAUGAUGUUAACGUUGGGUACUGUCAAGAAAUGCACUAAAGGUAAAAAAAAAAACUAGGUUCUCCCUUAAAAACUCGACUAUCCUGCAAUGAUAAGCCAUAAAAAAAUAAAGUGUCUUAACAUGUAUUCAAAUGUCAUUGAUGUAUUGUAUUGUAUUGAUGUGCCUUAAUGCUCAUUAAACAACCUUCAAACUGGA